AUGGCCCUGACGCGGGAGUCCGUCCUGUCCGUGCUCGUGACCGAGGGCGGCAGCGUGAGGAAGGCCGACCUGGUGAGCCGGUUCGCGGCUUCCGUGGACUGCGCGGACCCCGCGGAGAGGGAGCGCAACCGGGAGCUCUUCCGGACUUUGGUCAACGACCUCGCCGUCGUCAGAGAGGUCGACGGCGUCCGGCGCGUGGUCCUGAAGAAAGCCUACCGGCAUUUAGUGGGAAACAGCGAGGCCCCGCGUCCAGGUGAGCGGCCACGCCCGGAAACGCCCUAUGGAAACGCAGAGGGCCCCGCAGGAGGAGGAGAAGAAGAAGCGGUGGACGGGGGGUCGUCCAUUUCUGAGGCUGACCAAGAGGAAACGAGCGGGAUAUCUCCGGUCCAGCUCGCCCUGCAGAGGAGCAAAAGUGGGGAGGUUAUGCUCAAAAGGAUGCUGACCUUUAGCGUCCGUCAGGGGGAGGCCGGUCAAGCCAAACCCAGCUCCGGUGAGAGCAAACCCUUCGCUCUGCCCCUGAGGGUUCCCCCCGCCUCCACCAAGGUGGAGAUCCGCAAACUGAGAGAGGAGCCGGAGGAGGCCGGGAGAAGCCCGCUCGCCCCCGGGAGGAGGCCGUCCAGGAGCGAGCCGGCGGAGUCCAGGGCGCCCUCGUCGGCCGUCCCCCUGGAGCAGGCGGAGCACGAGUGGCUGGUCAAGUGCGCCGCGGGCCGGUGGGGCCACGUGUACGGGCUGCUGCUGGGGGACGGCCAGCUGGCCCAGAAGAAGGACUUCGUGUCCGGGUUCACCGCCCUGCACUGGGCCGCCAAGUGGGGCAGCAGCGAGAUGCUCCACCGGAUCCUGGCCGCCGCCCGGCGGGACGGCGUGGAGGUGGACGUCAACGCCCGGGCGCACGGCGGCUACACCCCGCUGCACAUCGCCGCCCUCCACGACCAGGGCUACGUCAUGGCGGCGCUGGUGGGGGAGUACGGCGCCGACGCCGCCAUCAGGGACAACUGCGGGAAGAAGGCCUACCACUACCUGCACGGGGGCACCUCGGACACCCUGAGGGAGAUGCUGGGGGAGCCCAGGGCCCAGAGAAGGGCGGGGGACGGGGACCGGGCGGCCCACUGGCAGAGGAGAGGGGAGCCGGACCCCUUCCCGGAGCGCCCCCGGAGCCUGCAUUCGCUCGGCCGUCUCUUCCAGCCCAACGCCACCGGUCACCGGAAGAAGGCCAAGCAGAGGCCCGGGUUGCUCUCGCUUAGUGACCACGACCCCAGAGACGAGCGGGAAGAUGGCAGUGGUGGCAGCAAUGGUGGUGUCUUCAGGCUCAGGGCCGCGUCGGACGUCUUCAUCCGAUAG